AUGGCGCCCUCCGUGAACAAGACGAAAGCGAAGGCCAAGGCGAAGGCUGCUCAGCUGCCUGUUGACGCUGCGCCGGCGGGCCAGAUGGUCGACAGCUGGAAGCCGGCUCAGGCGCAGAAGGCCGUCAAGGCGCUGCUGGCGUAUGCGAAAAAGCAGGCCGAGAAGGCCGAGGAGACGGAGCUGCUCGGGCGCGACGAGCACGUCUGGCUCAGCGUCAACACCAAGACGGGCAGCACGCGCAAGAAGCUCAUGCCCAUCAAAAUCCAGCUGCCGUCGCCUCCUCUGCCCCCUCCGCCCGCCACUUCUGUCUGUCUCCUCGUCAAGGACCCGCAGCGCGAGUACAAGGACCUGAUUGCCAAGCACGACAUCAAGUUCAUCGACCGCGUCGUCGGCGUGACCAAGCUCAAGGGCAAGUUCAAGCCGUUCGAGCCCCGCCGCCAGCUCCGCAACGACCACGACCUGUUCCUCGUCGACGACCGCGUGCUCCCCCUCAUGCCCAAGCUGCUCGGCAAGAUGUUCUUCGAGGCCAAGAAGCAGCCCAUUCCCGUCAACCUCCAGCGCAAGGAUCUCAAGCAGGAGCUUGGCCGCGCCAUCCAGUCCACCUACUUCCACCCCUCGACCGGUACUUCCCACCACCGUCGGCGUCUCGACGCCCGAGCAGGUCAUUGCCAACCUGACGGCCGCCGUGCCCGCCGCCGUCGACCUCGUCGGAGGAUGGGACAAUGUCCUCUCCAUCGGCAUCAAGACGAGCAAGUCGAUCCUCCUCCCCGUCUGGAACGCCCCGCUGCAGGGACGGUUCAAGGACGCCGAGGCUGCCGAGAGGCCGACGAGGAGAUGGAGGAGGAGAAGCCGGUGAAGACCGCCGCCAAGGCCAAGACCGCCGCCGAGAAGCCCAUCAAGGAGAAGUCGGCCAAGGCGGCGGUCACGCUCGGAGACAAGAAGAAGAGCUCGACAAUCGGCUCGGGGGCCAAGAAGGCCAAGGCGGCUGCGGUCGGAACGAGCAAGACGGGCAAGACGGGCAAGGCGAAGCCCAAGGCGAAGUAA